ACGCCGGGCUUUGGAUUUCUACAUUGCAAUACGCGAUACUUUGAUUCAAAUGAACAUGGCUGAGAAGAAGAAGGAAGGUAGCGAGGCUGAGCCUGAAGAAGAAUUCUCUGUGGAGAAAGUUCUUGACAGAAGGGUUCGGAAUGGAAAAGUGGAGUACUUCCUAAAAUGGAAGGGAUACAGUGACGCAGACAAUACAUGGGAGCCGGAAGAGAAUCUCGACUGUCCAGAUCUUAUAUCAGCCUUUGAAGAGGCUAGGAAAAAAAAAGAAGCUGCUGGCCCAGGAAUAGGACAAUCUGCUGAGGGCAAAACUCCAAAGGUGGAUAAAGAUGUGAAGAAACGCAAGUCCACCGCAGCAACGCCAGAUCUCAAAGGUGCUAAAAAGUCCAAGAGUGAUGACAAAAAAGCAUCGGGCUUUGACCGUGGCCUCGAGCCAGAGAAGAUUAUUGGAGCAACAGACAGCAGUGGAGAGCUGAUGUUCCUGAUGAAAUGGCAAGGCACAGACGAAGCGGACCUCGUGCCGGCCAAGCAGGCCAACGUGCGGUGCCCGCAGGUCGUCAUACAGUUCUACGAGGAAAGGCUCACCUGGCACACGCCGGCGCCUGAUGAUGCCAACAACGAUGACUAGAUUUAACUGCUGGAAGGUUGUGUUGUAGAGGUGAAAAUAUUCCAUUACUGUGGUAUCGAAACAAACUGUGUUUAGGUUUACUCGGAUUCAUUUUUUCAAGCAAAAUAUACUUUGUUGGUUGGGAAAAAGGGCGUUAUUGGUAUUGAUAUUCAUUGUUGAAAACGUUCUUAUAAAAAAACCGAUGAAGUAUUGCUUUUUGCUUGAGAAAGUCAUACCCAUUCUUAGGCCAGGAUUACACUUGUAAGUUUUACUUGCGUAAGUAGGGACACAGCUAUAAUACAUAAUGAGAUAUGAAUAUCGCUAUCUCAUUCUAGCAAAUAGCUGUGUCCCUACUUACGUAAGUAAAACUUACAAGUGUAAUCCUGGCCUUAGAAUCCAUUAUGAAAUGUAUUGUAAGGGCUCCAAACGUUGCUGUCCUAUUGUGUAAACGGGCCAAACGCAUUUUAGAAAAAUGUCGCUUCUCCGUUUUUCUUAUGUGAGUCGCAAGUACCGAACAAAAAUAUCUCACUUGUAAGGGCCCAGCGUAAAAAUUAGCUAACUUUGCUAUAUCUACAGGAAAGACGCGAACUAAGUUAAGCAUACUAUAAAAUGUGUAUGACCCAUACGCUCAAAUUGUGUAACAUAUUUUUUUUUUUUAUAUAAAACUGAUUCUAUUGAAUUAUAUCUGUGUUACUUUCACUCUCAAAAAUAGUUUCUACGCAACUCUUUUCCAAACCACAUAUAUUUUUGAGCGAGCUUGUAGCACAGAUGUUUUUAGGUCAUCAUUAUGGUUAAACUUCAUUUGCUUAACCUGUAUUACUGUAUUAAUUUUGCAAUAGUUACUGGUACAUUUAAAUGUAUUUUAAUUGCAUUAACUACAUGUACGAAUUGUAAAUUAAUAAGUUAUUGAUAAUAACGCCUGGGAUAGACAUAAGUUUUAAAAUGAAAGUAAACUUAAGGCGGUUCCCUGAGCCAGAAGGCGAAAAAUCUCCUUAUAUGAUCAUGUUUUUCUAAGAGGCGUUGAUAUUCGUAGACGUGGAAAAAAUAUAUGUAGUUCUUGACUAUAUUAUCUUUAAUAACAUAGCUUCCGAUACACGAAUUAGCUCCAUGCAUGAAUUUAUUUUUAUUUUUGGAUUCAUAAUUUAUAUCGUUGGAACACCGGAAAUGAUAAAAAUACUUUUGUAAACCUUAACAUUAUUUUAUUAAAAAAUAUUUAAAAUGUUGAAAAUUUUUGAGCGGUUGAAACGCUCAUAAUUUUUGGCGCGAAUUCGACAGAGCGUGAUGACGUCACACGUUGGGCGGCCCAACUGACGUUUGCUACUAAUGACACUAAUCUGUCGAACGCGUGAGGUCACGUGGCGUUUCCAGCGUUUCGCUCACUAGCUUUUCGCAGGCAAAUUUUUGUACUUUUUAUUUAUAAUUUUAAGCAAUUAAAUGGUAAUUUAAAAACGGAAAUGCAUUUGUAACAUGAUAUAACGGUAACAAACAUCCGAAUAAAACAUAUUUCGUUCAAAUAUAAACUUCAUAUGCAUGAGGCUAAUUAUGACACUUCGCUCGAUACAAUUAAUUCCCAAAGUAACCUCUAACUCGGACUUUUAAUCCUAUUUUACUCGGUUAUUUAUUAUGUGAUACUAUAAACAAAAAAAGAAGAAAAAACAAUCUUAACAGAAAUAGUAAUUUCAUAGCUUUAGAAUUUCGAUAUUGUAAGGUAACGUUUUUAAAAUAAAUAAAAACCGACAAAAUUCGAUCAAAAUUGACACUUGGCGCGUAUGUUCUUUCCCGUUCUUUCUUGCGAAAUGUGACAAAGUGGCAAACCGAUGGAACGGCCUUAAUUAUGUUUCUGGAUUUGUGGAUUUGAGCAAAAAGUCAUGUGGAUAUAGAUUAAGGCCAGGAUUACACUUGUAAGUUUUACUUACGUAAGUAGGGACAAAGCUAUUUGCUAGAAUGAGAUAACGAUAUUCAUAUCUCAUUCUGUAGUAUAGCUGUGUCCCUACUUAAGCAAGUAAAACUUACAAGUGUAAUCCUGGCCUAAGAAUCAAUCACCAAAUGAACUGAAAAUAAUCUAACAUUGAUCCAAACCAAUUUUUUUUAUCCUAUGACUUGUUUUCCCGCCCAUUGAGAAGAAUACAGUUCAUUACGUUUUAUUUUCUAAUUAUCGACACUAGGUUAAGUGACCAGGCAAUAAAAGUGUUUGCCAAA